AGCGAGCUGGUUGAUUGGCUGCUUACGUAUGAAAAAACAUCUACAAGGUAAUCUCAAAAUAAGUUUUCUCCCAGAUCGUAGUAGAACUGCUUAUACAGUACAAGCUAUUGGUACCACUACUGGACCUUUCUCAAAAUAUUGCGUCAUGAUCUCGGAUAAUUUUACUCUUACUACUGACAGUAGAAAGUCCAUAGAUUCAUUAGUAAUGGUAAUUAAGGAGCUUAAGCAACAACGAUGGCGAUGUCAAUGAGAACGGCAAAAAAGCAAUAGGUUUAGAUAGACAAAACAACAAAUUUGCACGUGCAUCAUGCUUUUUUGUACAUUUCUUUGCCAUCACGGCACAACUACAACGUGAAAAUGCCUCAUUUCACGUUUUGUUGAAGAUGUGAACACAAGACAACGACUUGUUUUCUUUUCCUGACCUUUGAUCUUGUGUUUUAGAAUUCAACUCCGGAAAAAAUUGCUAACAUUUGACAAAUUAAAGGAGAUGGAAUAAGGGCGAUAAAGUUUGAAGUAGUGGGACUUCACUUUUUGAGUGCCAUUCUAAUAGCCAUUUCAGUUGUUGUUGCUUAAGCUCCCUAAUAUCUAUCGUGGUAUUGAACCUCUGCACAAAAGCUGCCGUUGAGUUAAUACCCUGUAUAGUUUCUUUAUAUAUGGCUGUUACAUGAUCACCUAUUAAGUCAUAAAUAAUAAUCUCCUGCAUGUUAGAUAGAUCUGAGUUGGCAAGUACAACGCCAUGUUUCUAAUCUGUUCCUUUUCUACCAACACCCAACAGGAAUCAGGCAGUGACAAUAGGACAAGGUUUACUUGAUUCUGGUUGGUUAGAGCCUGUGCCGAACACUCGUGAAGGCAGAGCUGUCUUCAAAGAUGAAUACAUUCUCUACCAACCAGGAGUGGUGAGGAACAGCUUCCAUUUUUGAGACAGUUUAACCUUCCAUAAGUGGGUGAUCAGCCAAAAUCUCAAGAUUCAGUCUUUGCUCACUGGAAGUGGUCACUUAUGAGAGUCAAACCAGAUGAGGGCUCCUCUGGGAACAAGUCUGUCACAUCUACUUGAUAGACUAAGGGAAUUAAUUACACUUAAUUUCUUCAUUAUGAAACAGACAGUGACAUGUCACUCAAAGUCUUUCUUGCAAUCUGAUUUACCAAUAACAGUACAGCGAACAUAGAGAUCAGACAAUAAUAAUAUUGCAUCAAGGGUUGCUUACAUGAGGAAAAAUGGCUACCCUCUUUAAAAUACCUUACCUUGUUCUUAGAAAUAAGUCAAAAAGUUUCAUAAUAGAUAGUAGAGAAAGGGAUUAGCCUACUAGGUUCUAAAGUCAAACUGUUGUGGUUCAAUUUUGUUGUUAGUUUAAAUGUUAUUGUCUUUUGUUUAUUGGUGUAGUAGUGUAUGAAAAUGAGUUUAUAAUAAAAGACAUAAAAUUCCAAAAAUAAAAAAAAUGAACCACAACAUUUACAUUGUAUAUUUCAUAACAGACUGCACGUGAAGUAGCAACACCUAAGAGGUCUUUCUGGGGAGAUACAGACAAAUCAUCUGAUAAAAGUGGCUCGUGGAAUGAAAGUUAUGAGAAAAAUGAUCACGUU